AUGUCCUUCGACUCUCCCUCCUUCCCUGCCGGCCCAAGGGACCGGGGACACCGGGAUGGGGGACAUGGGGACAGGGUUGUGAGGGUGUCACUGCCGCUGGUUACCCCCGUGCUAACUGUGUUUGCAGAUGAAGUCGGGGCGCUCGUGUUUGACAUCGGCUCGUACACAGUCAGAGCGGGCUACGCGGGCGAAGACUGCCCAAAGGUUGACUUUCCCACAGCUAUUGGUGUGGUGCUGGAAAGGGACAACGGCAGCACUUUGAUGGAGAUAGAUGGUGACAAAGGCAAACAAGGGGGCCCGACUUACUACAUAGACACCAAUGCCCUGAGAGUUCCACGGGAAAACAUGGAGGCCAUUUCACCCCUAAAAAAUGGAAUGAUUGAAGACUGGGAUAGUUUCCAGGCAAUUCUGGAUCACACAUACAAGAUGCAUAUUAAAUCUGAAGCAAGUUUGCAUCCUGUUCUAAUGUCUGAGGCACCAUGGAAUACUAGAGCAAAGCGUGAAAAACUCACUGAACUGAUGUUUGAACACUACAACAUCCCUGCUUUUUUCUUAUGUAAAACUGCUGUGCUCACAGCUUUUGCUAACGGGCGAUCGACAGGUCUCAUUUUGGAUAGUGGAGCAACACACACCACUGCUAUUCCAGUGCAUGAUGGAUAUGUACUUCAGCAAGGGAUUGUGAAAUCCCCACUUGCAGGAGACUUUAUUACUAUGCAAUGCCGAGAACUGUUUCAGGAAAUGAACAUAGAAAUAAUUCCUCCAUACAUGAUUGCUUCUAAGGAGGCAGUUCGUGAGGGAUCACCAGCAAAUUGGAAGAGAAAAGAGAAGUUACCCCAGGUCACGAGGUCUUGGCACAACUACAUGUGUAAUUGUGUUAUUCAGGACUUUCAAGCUUCUGUCCUGCAAGUGUCGGAUUCAACCUAUGAUGAACAGGUAGCAGCACAGAUGCCAACAGUUCAUUACGAGUUUCCCAACGGCUAUAACUGUGACUUUGGUGCUGAGCGUCUAAAAAUCCCUGAGGGAUUAUUUGACCCUUCCAAUGUAAAGGGUUUAUCUGGUAACACGAUGUUGGGUGUGAGCCAUGUUGUCACAACAAGCGUUGGAAUGUGUGAUAUAGACAUCAGGCCGGGUCUCUAUGGCAGUGUGAUUGUAGCAGGAGGAAACACUCUAAUACAGAGUUUUACAGACAGAUUGAACAGGGAGUUGUCUCAGAAAACUCCACCGAGCAUGCGCCUGAAAUUGAUAGCAAACAACACAACAGUGGAACGGAGGUUCAGUUCAUGGAUUGGUGGUUCCAUUUUGGCUUCUUUGGGUACUUUUCAACAGAUGUGGAUUUCUAAACAAGAAUAUGAAGAAGGAGGGAAACAGUGUGUAGAAAGAAAAUGCCCUUAAACUUUUUACUGUGAGAACUGCUGCCUCCCCGUCACUCCUUCUCUUUUAUAGCUUUAGCGGACUCAGGAAUGGGAUGGACUUUUUUUGUAGAAAUUUUAUAUUGUUUUUUUCAUAGCUCAAGUUCCAUUUUAACAAGCUAGAAAUUUUGGGACACCUAAUUGGUACUAUGAUAGAAAAAGGAAGUUUACAUCCUUUGUAAAGCAAUAAUUCAUAUAGCAAGCAUUUUAUAAUUUUGUAUAAAAGUCUAUUUUAUCUAAUAUCUUUUCCUGUGAACAGCUUUACAGGUUAGCUAAUAGAUAGAGGCCUAACUUUGCGAAUGCCUGUGCAUCAAACUUAUUAAAAAUCUCUUAUCUAGUUUCACAUAUUAGUCUUCCUCACUGAUGUUUUGGCCUUAAAUUUCUCUUAUUUCCCUCUUAA